UUUAUAAACAAAUAUAGCAGACCCACAACUCUGCAUGUGUACACUUAUCUUUCCACAUUACAAAUUCUCAAAGUAAUUCUUCGUAUUUUUAAAAUAUUUUAUCCCAAAGAAGCACACGUUUCUACCGCAACUAGCCCACAUUGCACUAAAAGUGAGGGUUUUUUUCUAGUUAAAAACAAUUUUGUUUAUUUUAUGCAAAUGUUUUUAGUCAACACAAAUACUUCAAAUAGUUGCUCAUUGUAAUGUACUGAAGUUAGUUUCUAGAAUAUUUGAAGUGGGAUAUAUGCAGUUGAAAAGAUGUAAAGUUGACGUAACAGGCUGGUUUAGUAUUCAGGAGAUCACAACAGGCGAAACGUGAGGUCUGGUCGUAUUCUACAGUUCAUUACACACCAGACAGUGUGACAUGUUACGACUCUGAGUAACGGAUGCUUUCUACAAUAAAGCAUCAGUAUGUUUACAGGAUUUAAAUGAUGUUAUAGGUGUGCUGUAACAAUAUUUUUGAUUGCUCUUGAGGGGGUGUUGAUAAGUUUAAAAGUGAAGAUCAAGGCUUCGCGCUCUUGAUACGCUGGCGAAGUGAUGAGGUGUAAUUGUUUAUAGCUGGUGAAUAUUAGCAAACUAAAUCUACCAGAAGACCUACUGGAAUUAAAUUACACAUUGGAACACCGGCGUAUUGGAUUCCUUAACGAAGAUUGAACUUUUUCUGGUUUACGCGAAAGACGACGCAGGACUGCCAGGCGGACAGACGACAGUGCUGGGGGAAGGGCGGGGCUUUGAAAGGCAGGCCCUGAUGAGUUGGUUUGCCGGUUGCUGGGUAACGUUAUGGAUUUGACUAAAAUGGGCAUGAUCCAGCUGCAGAACCCCGGGCAGCCCGCGGCGCUCCUGCAGAAGGCCAACCAGAUGCGGCUGGCGGGGACGCUCUGCGACGUGGUCAUCCUGGUGGACGGCCAUGAGUUCCGGGCCCACCGGACCGUGCUGGCCUGCACCAGCAAGAUGUUCGAGAUCCUGUUCCACCGCAACAGCCAGCACUACACCCUGGACUUCCUCUCGCCAAAGACCUUCCAGCAGAUCCUGGAGUACGCCUACACGGCCACCCUCCAGGCCCGCGUGGAGGACCUGGACGACCUGCUGUACGCGGCCGAGAUCCUGGAGAUCGAGUACCUGGAGGAGCAGUGCCUGAAGAUCCUGGAGACCAUCCAGGCCUCCUCCGAAGACAACGAGGGCGAGGCCAACGCGCACGAGCGGGACGGCGGGGGGGCGGAGGAGGACGGCGGCGGCGAGCGCCGAGCGAGGAUAGGGAGGUGCGCCUUGCUCCCCAAGAAGCAUUCCGCGGAGGAGGAGGGGGGCGGCGGGUACGGGUACGGAGACGCGGCCCAGCGGAGCCUGGCUCUGGCCGGCAUGGUGGAGCAGAGCCCGUCCGUCUCCACGUCCUUCGGCGUCGCGGCCGGCAGCCCCACCAAAGCGGCCGUGGACAGCCUGAUGAGCAUGGGGCACUCCCUCCUGCAGGGCGCGUCCCGGCACGACGCCCGGGCCAGCCCCCGCCCCCCCUCGGGGAAGAUCAAGACGGAGGCCAUGCAGGUGGACGAGGCGUCGGGGCGGGACGGGACCCCGGGGGGCGGGGAGAAGAACGGGGAGGCGGAGCGGGGCAGGGACGACCCCGGCACCCCCACGCGCGGCAGCGUCAUCACCAGCGCCCGCGGGCUGCACUACGCGCGGGAGGACGGCGGGCCCGACCCGCAGAGCGACGGGGGUCCCGCAGGGGAAGGCGUGACGGGCGGCCUGGUGGAGAAGCACCCUCCGUCCCUGUUCACCAUGACCCCGAACCACAAGGGCAACCCCCUGCUGUCCAUGCCCCCCUCCAUGGGGCCCCCCCUGCACAUGCCCCCCGGCCUGGCCAUGUCCAUGGACUUCGGCUCCUACGGGGCCCUCCUGCCCCAGUCCUUCAUCCAGAGGGAGUUCUUCAGCAAGCUCGGGGAGUUCACCGCCGUGGUCAAGCCGGCCAGCAGGAGCCCCGAUGAGCGCUGUGGGGUGUGUGGAGCAGACCUGCCUGACAGCGACGCCGUGGAGCAGCACAGGAAGCUGCACAGCGGGAUGAAAACCUAUGGGUGCGAGCUGUGUGGGAAACGCUUCCUGGACAGCUUACGUCUCCGGAUGCACUUGCUAUCUCACUCAGCUGGAGCGAAACCCUUCGUAUGCGAUCAGUGUGGGGCCCAGUUCUCCAAAGAAGACGCCCUGGAGACGCACAGGCAGACACACACAGGUUCUGACAUGGCCGUGUUCUGUCUGCUGUGUGGGAAGCGGUUCCAGACGCAGACGGCCCUGCAGCAGCACAUGGAGGUCCACGCCGGCGUGCGCAGCUACAUCUGCAGCGAGUGCAACCGCACCUUCCCCAGCCACACCGCCCUCAAGCGCCACCUCCGCUCCCACACGGGUGACCACCCGUUCGAGUGCGAGUUCUGCGGGAGCUGCUUCCGCGACGAGAGCACGCUGAAGGGCCACAAGCGCAUCCACACCGGGGAGAAGCCCUACGAGUGCAACGGCUGCGGCAAGAAGUUCAGCCUCAAGCACCAGCUGGAGACGCACUACCGCGUGCACACAGGUGAGAAGCCCUUCGAGUGCAAGCUGUGCCACCAGCGGUCGCGGGACUACUCGGCCAUGAUCAAGCACCUGCGCACCCACAACGGGGCCUCGCCCUACCAGUGCACCAUCUGCCUGGAGUACUGCCCCAGCCUGUCGGCCAUGCAGAAGCACAUGAAGGGCCACAAGCCCGAGGACGUCCCCGCCGACUGGAGGAUAGAGAAGACCUACCUGUACCUGUGCUACGUGUAGAGCGGGCCCCGCCUGUACCCGCGCCUGUCAGUGUACGUGUACCCCCCCUGUCCCCUCCCCUCGUGCUGCGACAGAACAGACCCGCCCUCAGACCCCAAGGGGAAAAUGUACGUACAUGCAGACAGGCAGAAAGAACCAGGAGAGCCAGAGACCUUUUCUGUGCAGGAGCUGGGUGCGGUAAACUGGGGGAGGCAGAGCACAGUUUGGGAGGGCUGGAGGCGAAUGGUGUGCUGUGGGGGUUUUUGGGGGGGUGUUGAUAGGUGAGAGCAGGUCUCUGUAAGUUUUUGUCUUCGUAUAUGUACAGUGUAUACAUGUAACCACGCUUUAGAAAUGGGUAAAGUUUUUAGUUGUGCGCGUGUAUGUACGUGGGUGUGUGUCCUGUUAUUGUGCAGUCAGAAUAGACCCAUCCGUUGGGUCCCGCCGGGUGUUGGGAACAGCUGCUCUUCCUGACUCCUGUGUUGAGGUCUGCUCCCUGUGCUUUUCCCACCCCAGCCUUUACAGGAAAGGUCCCUCUGCCACACCCAACCCACUGCUGCUCACAGGCACCACUGCUGACUGGUGGAUUUGGCCAUGGUUUGGGUGGCACGGUGGGGAUGGUUAUGGGGGUGGCAGUCCUCUCCAGUACCCCCGUCACUUGAUUCAGCCAUCUUGAAGGUCUUUUCUCAUUGCCUGUUAUCCCUGGGAGUUCAGCAGGGUUCGUUUUUUUGUUUUCUUUGUUUGUUUUAUAAUUGUCCUCCUGUUUUAAUUGAGCGCUCCCAAAUCCCAGCUUCUGGCUUUGAUUAUAGAGCACUUAGAACACCCCUGGCCUGUACCUUAUUCAUUAUAAAAAUACAAGUAAAGCUUUACUUGGUACUUGGUAUGUUUUCUGGUCUAGGGAAGCUGAAAGCAGCAGAGAGGAGGAGGGAAAUGGUUUCAUUUGACGUACGAUAACCAAACGAAAGAAGUGUCACGUGGCUGAACGCUGCAGAGCAUUUAAUAAACUGUUUACCCCAAAUCCCCCAGCUCCUGUCUACACCUCGUUGUACACACAGGUUUUCCGUUUGGGGACUUGUGUAAGAAUGUGCCGGUUGUCUGUGUGCGGUUAUAUUUGACAGCGCAUCAUUGGCUAUAAUGCGGCUGUGCGGAAGCAUUCUGGCUAAGGGGGGUGUCCCCCCACGUGUCCGAAAGGGGGGCUGUCGUUACAAAGAACAUCAAGUGAUGUUCCGCUUUUCCCUCUCAGCAGAACUAUUGCCCAAACCCCCCCCCUCACCCCCCCAACCCACCCAGAGUGGUCAUCAAAUUCAUUAUGAGUCCUGAGGGCGGGAGGUCCAUUCAUAACAAUAACUACACACUAAUAGUGAAACAUGACAGCCUAAAACGACUAAGCUUUUGCAGGAUCAGGUUUUUAUGAUUUCUUUUUUUCCUUCCCUUUGUGAAACAAUAUAGAACGGCACUUUUGACGUGAAGUAUGUGCAGAGCAAAGCAUGGCCGCGCAGAUGAGGGCUCAGGGUGUUUAAAUGACUGGUCAGGGUCGGGGCGUUUGGGGGGGGGUGGGGGCAGCGAGGCCCGGGCGCUUGAGGUGACAGGAAGUGCUAAUUCCACGCGCAUGUCUUUCCCCUUCCUCUCGCUGCAUUUCUGAUUUUUAACUCGGUGUGUUCUUCGGCACAUUGUACUUGAAUGAACUCGUCUGUCUCGUGACCUCACGUGCUCGCGCUCGUAUUUUUAAUGUUUAACUUUUUGUUACGUGUCUGAAAGCCGUGUUUUUGGAGGGAUGGGGAAGGGGGGGGGGGGGGGGGCCGUCGCCUGAGAAACACGAAGCACUCUGGGGUUGAGGAGAAGUGCUGCGGUGGUAAUGACAGCGACGAGAAGGAGAAGCUCCUGACAAACCCUGGACGAGUGAAACCAACACCUUAUCGGUCACUGAAGCGCAGGAAGCAGCUGUGCUGUCUCAUAGCAAAGCACCGCGGCUGGUCCAGAUCAGUGACUGUUAGCAUUAUCUGACGCCACUCAUCCCAAGGGUCACGAAGCUCGCUUCUGCAUCGCUACGCCAGUAGCAUCUUUUCUUUGUAUGUGUGUGUUGUGCAUUCUCGUUACCAAAAUUGGUAUUUUUUUAAUUAGCCUGCUUUUUUUUCAAAGCUGGGUUUCUUUUCAGUCAUUGUGAUGAAAGCUACCUCUAAUUUUGUUUCGUUUUGUUUCGCGUUUUCAGAUGCACAUUUUUGCUGUGUUUUGCGUUUUUGCAUCAUGACAUCAGACAUGCUUCAUCUCGCGCAUUUUCUGCAAUUCAUUACUAUUUUCAAAAUUUCAUCUGAUAUCUGUUAGAAUGGUAGCGACUGACAGGACAAUAAAAAAAAUGUAAGGUCUUGUUUUUUCUUCUGUGCUGUCCAGUCCUACUGUCUAUCUUUAAGGGUGGAAAAAAGAUCUUUAAGCCUUAAGUAUGGGUAAGAGUCGACAUGGAACAUGUCUGUGGAUUAGUAAGCGUGUACUUUAAAGAGGUUUUAAAAGUGUGAAACUUGAAGCAAAAUAUGUGAAUAUUGUUGUUUUGUAUAAAUGUGAAAAAGAAAGUUCAGUGAUAUUGAACUGCUAAGAGAACAGGUCAUAUAUGCAGUCAGUGAUACAGUGUGCGUUGGACAAUUGGGACUGCAAGUGUUAAUCAUAGAAAAAAAAAUACUGUUGGUUGUUUAAAAAAAUGUCCUAAACAAGAGCCAAUAGAGGCAGUUUGAUAUUGAAACAAAUUUGUGAUAUUUUUGUAUUACAGUGUCAGUCCCUACUCAUCCGUCAGUUUUAAGUGAGGCAAAAAUAUAUAUUUAAUUUUUACAUUGUUUUUUUUUUCCCUAAUUUGACUUGUUUGGCCUCUGCCUCUUUUAUAAUGUUGGACAUAAAUGUGCGUUAAAAAUGUACUAAGUGUUGCUUUCUGGAUGUCAAUUCAUUGUUGGUGAAGACUAAAUCAUUUUGCCACAAACCCACAAUGCAAAAUGUCUAACAGAUUGGAAUAUUAUGAUGUUACCAGUGGUCUACUAUUUUGCAGACAACUUUAAGAUUUUUUUACUUGAAAUUGCUGAAAAGAAGGGACUUCAGUGUAGACAUUUUGAUUGCUGGGGGAAAAGCAUUUUGUCUUAUAUCUUUAUUCCACCAUAAUAUUGGUAACACUGUGAAUUGAGGAUUUUCUUCUUCAAAUACCUUUCAAAUGCAAAGCAUCCAUAUUGAGGAUCUAAAGGUAAUUCAAAAGUUUCACCUGAGUACUUAACACUUUUGUGUCUUCAGUGUGUUUGUGUGUCUGGAUAUGAGUGUGUGUGUGUGUGUGUGUGCGUGUGCGUGCACGUAUGUGUGGGGGGUUCAGGUGGUUUGUGUGCAUGCAUGAGAGAGUGACAUCUGACAAAUGCACUAACUAGAUACAAAACUCAGUGGCAUUCUAAGCCACCUACUCUUCAUUUUAUUUUAAAAGAAAGACAAAAAGGCAUUGAUCUAGUUCUUCCCCACAGUGAUUCUCCAGAUUUGACUUUAGCUGUUUAUGUACUUUGUGCCUAUAUGAAAAAAAAAUGUUCAACAAAAUGUCCUAUCUCUGCUUAGUUUAUGUAUUUUCAAAGAAAAAAAAAAAAAAAGAUGAUAAAUGGUGUCAUCACCAGACUGGCAGGGAAGUCACGACAGCUGAACACAGCACUUGUUUUAUGAGUUUUAUCAGUUGUAAAAUGUGGCCGUUACGAGGCUGUGGCUUUACAGGAAAGGCUAAUAAAUGAAUAAAAAAUUGAGGAGAGGAAAUCUUAGCCGUCUUUUAGGUUUUUCCAAAACCCCUUGGUAAUUACGGGGAUUUGUCUGGGCCCGUGUUAUUACGGUCGCUAACUAUAGCAAUGAAACAGCGUGACCGCGCGAGUGCAUUAGGAGUAAUGACUGCUGUAUUGACGGGAAAUUAAAUCAUAAUUGCUUUUUAAUUUUAUAAUACAUGUAAAUAAGCACAAUAAGGCGGUGGAAACAAAGGGUACUUUGGUUCUUUGAUUAGACCUACUUCAAAUGAUUAUAUUCAGCAACCACAAUUAUGAGGAAAAUUGGUCUGCAAAGCUAAAGGGAAGAUAAAAAAAAUGUUCUUAUGAAUAAAGCGUUUUUCCACUAUAGGGUGAGGAGAAAAGUGGCGGGGCAGUUUUGAUCGCAGCAAGUUCGCCACCUUUUCUGUCUUCAAGGUCUCUCUGUUUCGCGUCACCGGCUGCCUCUCUUUUAUUCCAUUAUUGAUGCAUUGCUAUUGUUGAGAACAGGAUAACGGACCCGAACGCAGCGUUUGUUUUCUUUACAUUAGUGCCUCUGACCUAUACCUGUUUAUAUUGCGUGGAGACUGGAUUUUAUAAAAAAUGAAACGUUUUAAAAAACGUGUUGCGUCCUGACGUCCCUGCAGUCGGAUCACUGUGUUGCAGUGUGGUGUUCUAUCUAGAGUACGUAGCCAUUUCAUGCAGUGCAGACGUGCGUGUGCCAUCGAGGCCUAGACUAAUUUCCUUGAGUAACCAAGCACCAAGACGUUGUCUUUUUUUUUUACAUCAGCACUGAGGACCAAUUGCCCUAUCGGACCAAGUGUAACAAAGCUUUUUAUAUGUAACAAAGCUUUUAUUUUUUCUUUCUUUCUUUUGUCAAAUUUUUUGGCUUGUCUGUGAUUUUUAUUCUUGUUGUGACAGCCCAAGUGCCAGUUGGAUCGCUCUGUAUAAAUGAAAUGUUUUUAUUAUCAUUUGAAUUGAUGUUAUAGUUAAGUCUACCUCAGCACCUGCUCUUAGCGUAAUCUUAGAAGGUGCCCGAUUAUUAUUUUUGUUUUGUUUUUAUAUAUGUGAUUUGCAUUAGAGCUUUUGCGAGGUCCUUCGUCUUUUCCUGCACACAAAAAUAUGCUGAUUGGGAAGCGCUGCUUUACGGUGUUGGUGUAGCGGGUGUGAGCAUCAGUUUCACAGUUUUUCAUUUCUCUCAUUGUAGGUUCCGACACAUCUCUUUGUAACUUUUCAGUGUUCUCUGGAGUGUGGAAAAUAAAUAAAAAAAUAAAUAAAAAUAAAAACAUUAUAAAAGAGAUUUUAAUGCUGCAGGUUUUCUUCUCCAUGUUGUUGCCAAGUGAAGUUUGUGCCUUUAAUAGCAAAAAGAGAGUAUUUUUUACAUCUUACUAACAGUAGAUUGUUUUUUGUAGUGGAAUUUUUUUUUUUUUUUUUUUUUUUUUUUUGUAUUUUUAUUUAUAAGUCCCAUAAAGGAAAUAACAAUGUUCAGUUGUAUAUCUAAAAUCUGCAGUUAGAAGAAAAUAAAAGAAUGGACUGAA